UCCACUGCGACCUAUCUACCUCCACUACCUGUAUACUAUAGUGACCGCCCAACAACUCAGUAGCCGUCCCGUCUCCUUCCGCCCGUCCUUCUAGGUGCAUCCAUGGAAACUAGUACCAAGUAAUGGUCAAUUGGUCAUGCAUGUAGCUAUCGACGACAAGUCAGGAAAGAUAUCAGCCAUAUAUAUGUUCGUCUGCGGCCCUCCCGUUGCUGUCUGUUGGCGACAAUUACUCUUGUCAUACCUUCAAUUCCUGCAAUGCUUAUCUUCAAUCAGCCAUAUAUAGGGUUCCUAAGGUUUCACAGAUAGAGAUACAAGUAAUUGCCAUUAUAGAUAAAUGCGUGCAAAUCACGCGUUCAGACAAGUCUACGAAAAUUAUUUUGCCUAGUCCUACAUGUAGCUAUCAAUACAAGCCAAGAAAUUCAUAAUGGCAUACAUCUAGCUGCCCAGAAAGAUAUCUGCAGGCCGGGUACGUCCAGCCAUACAUCUACGACCCGUUGCUGUGGGAGACAAUUCUUGCUUAUCUUCAAUCAGCCAUAGGAUAGGAUUCAUUCACAUUCCACUCUGAAAAACCAAGUGAGCUGCAUGUGUGGUAAGCUAAGUCAAGUCAAGCAAACUAUCCUCAUCCCCUUACACAGCAGCCACUGGUUACAUAUCUCCCUAUCUCUCCUCUCCUCUCGUGUAUAUGUAAGGUAAGGUGUUCCUCAAGACCUCCUGCAACGACUCAACCCCCCUUUUGCACUAGCCAGGCGGCAUCCAUCACCGGCACCUCGUGCGUGAGUGCGUGCCAACGUAAGUGCAGCAAGUCCGUCAAUUAGAGGAUGUCAGACGCGGCCCUCAGUGCGGCGCAAUGGGUGGUGGGCAAGGCGCUAGCCCCCGUCACGGAUGGUCUGCUAGAGGCUUGGGCAGGUAGCAGGAACCUUGGUCUCAACAUUGAGGCCCUCAGUACGGAACUGCUGCUAGUGAAAGCCAUGCUCGAACAAGCUGCUCUCAAGGAGCUCGGUGGCCCAGCCAUGGAGAUACUGCUGCAGAAGCUGCGGGAUUCAGCACACAAUGCCGAAGACUUGCUGGAUGAGCUGGACUACUUCCGCAUCCACGAUGAGCUCCAUGGCACGUACAAUGCUGCUGAACAGCAAGGCAAGAGUGGUGUCCACAACCUUGUCGUCAAUGCUCAUCACAUCGCCAAAGCUCUUGGCAAACAACUAGCAUCUUUGUCUGCGUACUGGUUUGGUGCCAAUGCUGGUGAUCACCGACAACAAGAUGCAAGACAACAUGUUAAUUAUUGUGCUUCACAGCAUGGUAAGAAGAGGUUACGUGGUGAUUUCUCAUCAGCGCCAAAGGCCAAUCAGGCUGAUGAGGAGGCCAGCAGGCGCAUGCCCAAGCUCGGUAAAUUCCUCCAUGGCUCAUCUUCCCCACACCCCCAUGUUCACGAUGACAAUUGCAGCAAUGCACAAGAAACACCAAAGCUUGAGUUUAAUAGGGUGAAUUUCUCUCAAAGGGUGAAGGGCAUUGUAGAGAAACUGCAACUUAUGCGUAAUGAGGUUAGCAAAAUUCUGCAAUGUUGUAGCCCUAGAACUGUCCCAAACAUUGCCUUGAGUCGUCCCAUCACCAAAGGUCGAAUUGAUGAGCCAAAACUGUAUGGGAGGGAUUGGGUCAUGAAUAGCAUCAUACAUGAUAUCACCAAGGGUCAAUAUUGUGACAAGGGUCUAACUGUGCUUUCGGUUGUUGGUCCCGGGGGGAUGGGGAAGACAACUCUGAUACAACACAUAUAUCGCAACCAACAAGUGAAGAAUUAUUUUCCAGUCAUGAUUUGGAUUUGUGUGUCGCUCAAUUUCAGUCUGGAUAAGGUGCUAGAACAAAUUAAAACAUGUACCCCUGCAGUUGAAAAUGAAAAGGAGGGCAGUACAACUGAAGAGUUGAUUGAAGAAAGAUUGAAAUCUAAAAGGUUCUUACUUGUAUUGGAUGAUAUAUGGCAGAUUAGUAAUGGGGAUGACUGGGAAAAUCUACUGUCGAUACUCAAUCAAUCACAAGAAAAGGGUUGCACAAUUCUAGUCACAACUCGGUUUCAAGCAAUAGCACAGAAGGUUAAAACAGGUCAUUCAAUACAAUUGAACGGUUUAGAAUCUGAAGAGUUUAGAAAGUUAUUUUUUGCAUUUGUCUUUGGCGAUGAGCAGUGUGCAAGGGAUAAACAUUUUCUGCUUGAGACUGGAGAUAAGAUAAUCCAAAAACUAAAGGGAUCCCCUCUUGCAGCAAAAACUGUUGGUAGAGUACUCAGUAAAGAACUUAGUUUGCAUCAUUGGAAAAGGGUGCUAAAAAGUAAAGAAUGGGAGACCGAUAACAAUGGAAUUAUGCCUGCCUUAAGGCUUAGCUAUGACUUUCUCCCUUUCCAUCUGCAACAAUGUUUCGCCUAUUCUGCAUUGUUUCCUGAAGAUUAUUGUGUCACAAGCCACCAGCUCAUUGGCCUAUGGACAGGACUAGAUAUUUUGAUACCUGGUGGUCAAAACCAAACAUUGGAAGAUAUAGGUUUGAGCAAUUUAAAUGAGUUAGUAAUCCAUGGAUUUUUCAGAGAAGAGGAAACUUAUGCAGGUCUGCGGUACGUUAUGCAUGACCUACUGCAUGAUUUGGCAUUGAAGGUUGCAUCGCAUGAUUGUCUUAGUUUACGUCUCCCUAAUGUUGAGUCAGUAGAAGUUCAGCCAUCGACCCAUCACUUAUCUAUAAGCAUAGAGGACUUAGGUGAAUAUGAUGCAGUGUCUGGCCAAAAAUUAAAGAGUGAACUGAAAGAACUGAAAACAAGAUUGAAGGUUGAACAUUUGCAAAGUUUGAUGUUAUUUGGAAAAAUAGAUAAAAGUUUUGCCAAGGUAUUUGGUGAUUUUUUUGGGGAAGCAAAUUCUCUUCGUGUUCUUUAUUUGCCCAACAUGAUGUAUCCAGUGGAAUGCAUGUUGCAUAACUUCUCACGACUUGUCCACCUACGAUUCCUGUGUCUAGGGACAUGGGACAGACAGAUACAUUUACCACCUAACAUGUCUAAACUUUACCACUUAAGGGUUCUAGAUCUUGAGUCAUGGUAUGGUAGUCAUGAUUUGCCUGAAGACAUGAGCAACCUUGCCAAAUUGUGCCAUUUUUAUACUCCAAUUGAUUGUUUUAAAACCGGUCCUUUGUAUACCACAAUAGAUGAGCAAUGUUAUGAUAUUUAUAAUGUGGGAAAACUUAUACACUUAGAAGAGUUAGAGGUAUUUCAAGUCAACAAAAAGAGUGAAGGAUUUGAACCAAAGCAACUAGAGACUUUGACCAAGCUAAGGGAGCUUGGAAUGUAUAACCUUCACAAAAUACAUACAAAAGAAGAAGCGGCUCAAGUAAAACUGAUAGAGAAAAACUACCUGAGAAGGUUAACAUUGGAUUGGGAUAGUAAGCGAUCUAAUGUUGACCCUAGUUUGGAAGCAUUGGUUCUUGAGAGACUUCAACCACAUGGAGAUCUUCAAGUAUUGUGCAUUAGAGGGCAUGGAGGCCCUUCUUGUCCAACAUGGCUGGGUGAUGAGUUCGCUAUUGAAGCUAUACAGUCUCUUUAUCUUUCUGGUGUUUCUUGGGAGGUUUUCCCUUCUCUAGGGAAGGCGUGGGAUCUUCGUGAAUUAAGGUUGGAGCAUAUUGGCACACCAAAGGAGUUUAUCAUAGAAAAAAGCUUUUGCAUGCUAAUAAAGCUUGAACUCAUUGGCCUAGAGAGUUUUGAAAAAUGGGUUUGUCCAGCUGAACAAGAGUCUGCCUUGGGUAGAGACCUGUCGCCACCACAUGCUCAUAUGUUCCCUCUUUUGCAAAUGCUAUUUAUUAUGAAUUGCCCGAAAUUCUUGUGGUUGCCUUCUUCAAACCAUAUUGUUUUCCCAGAUUGGUUUCCCAAACUACAAGAGUUUGUAAUUGUGAACUGCCCAAAAUUCCUGUCAGUGACUCCCAUCUCCUGGAUUGAAAGGUUGUGCCAUUUCCAUUUAUCAGAUGUGAAGCUACUACAUUUGUUUAAAUACUCAAAAUCAUCUGAUGGGGUAGAAUUGACGAUUAAUGGAGAGGGUGAUCUACAUAGUUUAGACCAAGUGUUAGUUCUGGAUAAAGAAGCAGGUGUUGAGAAGCUGACACUCGGUAGGUGCCCACCUCUUGAGUUGAAGCACCUUCUGAUGCUAACCUCGCUGAAGACAUUGAUUGUAUUUAGUUCAGAUGCCCUGGUUGGACCACUAGGAGGUCAAGGUGAUUUCGAAUGGCAACUCCCCGUUGAGAAUAUCAGGAUGAAUGACUUAAAUGGUACUAGUGGGAAGGAAUUGAUAAAGCUCCUCCCCCACCUCCCAAGGCUCUCCAAAUUGGAAAUAGAAUACAUAGAAAACAUAGUGGGGGUGGAUCUACAACAAACAACAUCAGCUAUUUCGUUUUUCCGUCAACUUUUUCCUUCCUCCUUGCAAUUCCUGGGGCUUAGGAGUGUGGAAGGCAUGGGGACACUUGAGCCCCUCUCAAGCCUCUCCUCUCUUACCAUAUUAGAAUUGAAUUAUUGCGGGCAUGAUCUGAAAUGUCAGGGCUUGCGGUCUCUCCUUACAUCUGGGGGCCAGCUCAACAAAUUAAAAGUCUUUGGCAGCCCUAGAUUCUUUGUUGGUUGGGAUCCCAAUCCCAGACGGGCGUUGGAGGAUGUUGAAGGAGAAGAGCAGCAAACACAGCUUGUUUCAUCCACACUGCGGGAGCUCUGCACGGAUGAUGCAGCGGGACUCCUUGCUGCACCCAUCUGCAGCUUCCUCUCCUCCCUCUCCGAGUUGGGACUUCGUGGGAAUGGGUCCAAAGAGGUGGAGCGCUUCAGCAAGGAGCAAGAGGACGCCCUUCAACUCCUCUCCUCCCUCCAGGAACUAGAGUUUUGGAGUUUCCACAAUCUUCAGCAACUCCCUGCAAGGCUGCACAACCUUACCAGUCUCGAGAUACUAUCAAUCAGCGACUGUCCAGCUAUCUCAUCGUUGCCCAGUGAUGACCUGCCCAAAUCACUGCAAGAGCUAAAUGUUAGAUACUGCUCGGAGGAGCUAAAACAGCAGUGCAGAGGGUUAGUGGGAACCAUCCCAAGAAUCAUACAACACUGAUCCAAGGACUCUGCCUUGGAAUUCCCAUGUACAUUCUUCUAUCUUUCUAGAGCUCAACUCUUUACAUGCAUACACAUUUGCCACCGUGCAUGACCCAAGGGUCUUGUGGCCGUCGUCUUCCUUACUGUACAAAAAAUCUGGUGUUCGUUCAAUGUUAUGGCUUCUUUAUUUUUUGCAUGCAAAUUUGGGUUAUUGUCAUUCAUCAAGGCAUGGUAGUCUACUUGCCUAUUUUGGGUGUCACGGUCACAAUAUCACUGGCGUAAGUAGUGAAUAAAUGAAACAUUGGGGUCAAGCUACUGAUAUCAAGCUACUUGUGUUUACAUUUGUCCAAAAUCCAUGAAGACUUGAUGGUGUACCUCGAAAGUUCAGUUGUAAGGAUCAAAAGAUCAUCAUGGCAUAAUUAUGGAGUGUUUUGCUACCGACAAGGGUCUUCACAAGAAUAGCCUGCAUAUAUACCAUAGCAGUGCAUGCACGGACUCAAUUCGGAUCAUAGAGAGUAGUAGUACAGCCUGAUGGUAUAUUGCAUAUUCGUCCUGAAACUGUCAUAAUGACAAACUAACAAGCAAGAUUAUCAUUUCCUUAAGCCCCAAAGGCCACAAGAUGCAGCUGACAACAUUUUAUUUCGAAAACUCAGCACUGCAAAGGUGUGAGCAACUGCAGAAAGGUCUAGAUGCCACUGAACAGUCCAGGGCACCGAGAGAAACACGAUUUGUCCCAUACUCGCGGCGGUACACAAGGACUCCUACACACUUGCUCGAUGACUACAGCAAUGGGUGUACCUAAAACACCGGAGAAGGCUCAUUCAUGUGAGAAUCAGCUACCAUGCUCAUUGGAGCCAUGCUAAGGAAGAAGAAGCAGACACAUAGGCUAGGCUAGCAGAAGCGUAGUCUGCAGCUAGGAAUAUCUAAAGCCAGUCGCUCAGAAAUUGCUGUGAUGAGUACAUCCAGUGAGGCCUUAUUCACCUUCAUACCAUGACAGAUGCAAAUGGUCAGAUUCUUCUUCUCAGCAAAGGGAAUGGAGCUGGAGCCAUGGAGGAUACCUGCCUGUUGGAAAAAUAAAUGGUCAGACUCUUCUUCCCAGCAAAGGGAUGCUGCUCGUACGGCUUGCUUGAAGCCUGUCCGUCAUUUGUGUCCAAGAAAUGCUAUUCCGUUGAUCUUCACCGAAGGCAGUGAUGUUCCAAGAUAUCAUCAUCACCGUCGUCCGUCGGUUGAUCAUCCCGGUGAUUCACUGAAGAUAGAGAGGAGAGGAGCACCAUUCACUACAAUCCGCGCCAUUGAGCAGCUCAAGAUGCUCUUCAAAUGAGCUGCUUCUUUGCCAUGAACUGCAUGAUCUUGUACCUCAGAAUUGGUAGCAGCAGUAUCUGUCGAAUGCUUAUGGGAAGAUGGCCGAGGUGGUAGGUCUCAGGACCUUUUGUGAAUGAGGCAUGGAAUGGGUGCAGAGGAAGAACCAUCCAAAUCCAGUUUGGCCAUCAGGCUUUUGUUAAAAGUUGUUAUUAAAACUGUGAUGUUGUACAAAGUGAAGUUUUUCUUUCAAAUUGUACACAUUUAUAAAAAAGGCGAAGAUGGUUGAUGUUCACCACAUCUUAGACA